UGCGAUCUGCGACGCACACACAAACACACACACACACGCGCGCGCACAUAUAAUAUACUUACACGGCGUUGGAGACGGGGGGGUUUAAACCUCCCCACCCUGAUCGGGACCUACUGUUUACUUACUGCGUGUUUACUGGGGUAUUUACAGGUAUUUCUGGGUAUUCGACAGCACUGAUCUGGGAUCAGUGCCGCGGCGCGUCUUCUGCGUCUUUACAACAACUUCCUCCUCCGCGGACACACAAACACACGCCCACAGCUGAUCAGCGGAGACGCCCACGCGCGUGUGGUGUGUGAGCAUGAGGAGGCAGGACAGCGAGGUGAGCGUCUCCUUGCAGGGGGUCUCGAUCUGAACGGGGCUCGCUCACACACACACUCUGACUGACAGCCGGGACCGGGCACUUUGUGUGAAUAUGUGAGUGAGUGUGUGUCUCGCACCUCCACCUGGUCUUGCACUCUCUGCACCGCGUGCACGAGACGGGCUCGCAUGGGCAGCACCGCCACGGACCCCCAGCGGAGGGGUGUGAGGAUGAGGAGUUCAAAGCGGAGAAAGACACUGCGCCUCAGCAUGCCGGGGGAAGGCAGCUGCCAAUCGUCCAGCCCGACGAAAGGCGGCUCCGCCAAGGAGUCCCCCGGCCCCACGUCGGCCCCCGCGACGUCGCCGCGGCGCUUCAGCUUCAGCGGCAUCUUCCGCUCCUCGUCCAGGGAGGGGGCCAGCUCAUCCAGCACCUCCCCGUCGCCAUCGCCCUCCCCCGUCAGCAUCAAGCUCUUGUCAAGGGCCAGGAAAGCUGCAGGUUUCACCUCUCCACCCAUGACCCCGACACAAGCACCCAGGCAGCCCCCCACACCUCCUGCAGAAGACCAGAGGAGCCAAGCUGAUGAACUGGUGGCACAUGAACAUCCUCUUUCAUCACCACCAGACACAAGCCAGUUGGUCAGCUCCCCAUCAGCCAAACCAGCCCAUCCUGCCUCUGCCUCCACCUGCUGCCCUGUACCCGAUCCCGCCGCAGACAUGCUGGAGAAGCUGGAGCUCGAGGACGCAGCUGCUGAUGAAUCGGAGAGCGGCGUUUACACGAGGUUCAUGAAGUCCCACAAGUGCUAUGAUAUUAUUCCUACCAGUUCGAAACUCGUCGUUUUUGACACCACCUUGCAGGUCAAGAAGGCCUUCUUUGCUCUGGUGGCCAACGGGGUUCGAGCAGCACCUCUGUGGGAGACCAAGAAGCAGAGCUUUGUUGGAAUGUUGACUAUCACCGACUUCAUCAUCAUACUGCAGCGAUACUACAAGUCACCACUGGUACAAAUAUAUGAACUAGAGGAACACAAGAUCGAGACGUGGAGGGAACUGUAUCUCCAGGAAACCUUCAAGCCUUUGGUCAACAUACCACCAGAUGCCAGCCUGUUCGAGGCAGUUCGUUCGUUAAUCAGAAACAAAAUUCACCGGCUGCCCAUCAUCGACCCAGUCACUGGAAAUGCACUUUACAUCCUCACCCACAAGAGGAUCCUCAAGUUCCUCCAGCUAUUUCUGUCUGAGAUGCCCAAGCCGGCCUUCAUGAAGCGCAGUCUGGAGGAACUGGCCAUUGGCACCUAUGAGGACAUCGCCUUCAUCCACCCUGACACGGCCAUCAUCAAGGCACUCAACAUCUUUGUGGAGAGGAGGGUGUCGGCGCUGCCCGUCGUCGACGAGUCUGGGAAGGUUGUCGACAUUUAUUCCAAAUUUGAUGUCAUCAACCUGGCUGCUGAGAAGACGUACAACAACCUGGACCUGAGUGUGACGCAGGCGCUGCAGCACCGCUCGCAGUACUUUGAGGGCGUGGUCAAGUGCAACCGCCUGGAGACACUGGAGACUAUCGUGGACCGCAUCGUCCAAGCUGAGGUCCAUCGUCUGGUGGUGGUGGACCAGAAUGAGAGCAUUGUGGGCAUUGUGUCGCUGUCAGACAUUCUGCAGGCACUGGUGCUCAGUCCCCCAGGUACGGUUCGGAAGGAGGCCGAGUGAGAGGCAGCGCAAGGGUCCCAGGGGUGGAGUCGAGGUGGCAGUGAGCCUCGCCCGGUCCAGAGUGAGCUGCUCUCUGGUCCUGCCUGGAGGACACCAAGGUCUCCGUGGUGAAAGCAGGAGCAGCGGUCCUCGUUGGAAUGCUGGCGUGGACUAUCAUCCUCUGUGUCAGAGACUCAUUCACAGCAGGGGCCCCCGGUGUGGGCAGGUUCGAGGGUUUCCUACUAUUGGGUCUUUUAGCGGUUUGUACAAGUGGUGAAGAGUGGAAGGUGGGUUCACUUCUCACUGGAGCGUCAGUCACGGUUGCGGGCAUCAUCUCACACUCUUGAUAGUGACGGGAAGAACGUUGUGCGUUGUCUAGAAAUCAAACAUUUACGAAUCUUUAAGAGCUGAACAUUAAUGUUGUGAAGAAAGGCGAUGCCGUGAAACUUUGUUUACAACCACAGUCUGAACUACGGCUCCAGCGGUUAAUAGGGGUUUGUAUUGAGUGCAAUGCGAUUCACCAAGUGUGUGUGUGUGUGUGUGUGUGUGUCAUAAUGUUCCAUACAUUAUAUUGGCAUGAGGCAUUAAAAUUAUAACAUUAUUUUGAGAAGAUUUCUGGACGCUUUAGGAUUGUGCACUUUUU